GCGUCCUAUUUCUAGCGCACACACCAAAUCACCAUGUGACACACUAUUUCCCAGUGACGACGACCGCGAGCAGCAUGGAAGGGCGCCCCGCUCCUCCUGGCCGCCGGGCCAAGGCUCGCGUGACUGUCAAAGCCAUGGACAUGCAUGUCGAACCAACUAUCGAGGUUCCAGCGCUCCCAUCUCCGCCUGUAAAGCAAGAAAUUGAUGAGAUCGACCUUGGCGACGCAGCCUCGGACGCGUCGACCUGCGACGAUGCCCCGCCCGACGCCUGUGAGGAAGAGGCUCGGCAGGACACCCCGACGACAGAAGUGGAUGCACCCUCGAGCCCAUGUGCUAGCGACGCGAAUGCAGCGACGCCAUUGCCCGAGGACGACGUCCUCGUGGAGAACGUACCCAUCGCCGACGUCGUCGAUACGACCAACGUGACGGAGCCCACGCCGCCGACUUGCGACGACGCUACCGACGAUGCACCUGCAGAGACGGCGAACGAAGAAGCGACGGGGUCGUACUAUGGCCUCGAGGUCCUCCUGGCGCCGUUCACGUCCGUGCCCGACGUCCCGCCGCUCGAGUUGCUCGAGUGCGUCUACGACGACGAUGCUGUUGAGCUCCAGAAGCUCGUCUUUCGCGCUGUCAAGAUGUGCACGAACAAGAACAAGCUCAAGCUCGAAGAGUUCAAGAUCAACGGGCGUCUGUAUGGCAAUGGCUUUAUGGAGCCCCACGAGUAUAUUGACGCAAUCGCGGCCGACGUUGGCAGCCUCGAAGUGCUCGUCCUCGUUCCGUGCAUGCUGCGCUUGCAGCCCGACCGCAUGGCGAAGAAGACGCUCUGGCUCGCCCUGCGUGCGUACCGAGCGAUGCACCUUGCGGCGUUGACGCGCAAGCUUGGCUGAGCCCUGUUUUGAGACGUAGAAUGGUGUGGAUCAGUACUACUCCUUUGUCAACUUGCUAUCAUUCGGAAGGAGACCACUGUGCGACUCGACGGCGCGGAGGGUGUCGCCCAUGGUCCUUGGCCCG